UCGGCAUGAAAUACUUUUUGUGUGUCGCAUCGAGGAACAGAGCAGCGAUGGCAUCCGCGUCUUUGAUCUCCGGCUUCGCGACGACGACCCCAGCGGCAGCUCCUGCGCUCCAAUCGAGGCAGCAUUUGCGAUUCGGCCGAAAUCUCCAGCUCUGCUCCAGUCUAAGCGUCAGAUCAUCGUGUUCUUCGUCAGCUAUCAGAGCUCAAGUGGCAACGGCGACCGAGCCCUCUCACGAGCCAACGAAAUUAGUCGAAGCUCCUGUGUCAGUGGUGACUGGUGCUUCGCGAGGGAUUGGCAAAGCCAUAGCUCUCGCUUUGGGCGCUGCCGGUGGCAAAGUUCUUGUAAACUACGCUAGAUCAUCAAAAGAGGCCGAGGAUGUUGCCUCGCAGAUCGAAGAACUUGGUGGCUCGGCUCUCGUUUAUGGUGGAGAUGUAUCGAAGGAAGAAGAUGUCGAGGCGCUUUUCAAGGCUGUGAUCGACAAGUGGGGAACGAUCGAUAUUCUCGUAAACAAUGCAGGGAUAACGAGGGAUACACUUCUCAUGAGGAUGAAGAAAUCUCAGUGGGACGAGGUUAUCAAUCUCAACCUUUCUGGGGUUUUUCUGUGCACACAGGCUGCUACGAAAGUCAUGAUGAAGAAGAAAAAGGGUCGGAUCAUCAAUAUUUCAUCGGUAGUCGGUGUUACUGGGAAUGCAGGACAAGCAAACUAUAGCGCCGCUAAAGCUGGUGUCAUUGGUUUCACGAAAACUGUUGCUCGCGAGUAUGCCGGAAGGAGCAUUACGGCCAAUGCUAUUGCUCCAGGAUUCAUCGCCUCAGACAUGACUGCAAAACUGGGAGACGAAAUUGAGAAGAAAAUACUCCAGACCAUUCCAUUGGGAAGAUAUGGCCAACCAGAGGAAGUGGCUGGUCUCGUCAAGUUUCUCGCUCUCGACCCGGCAGCUGCUUAUAUUACAGGACAGGUUUUCAAUAUCGAUGGAGGAAUGGUCAUGUAAGCACGCAAGCUAGGAUGUUUUUGUCUCAUACAAUUUUGAAAUAAUCCUAUAGCACCUAACUUAUUGAUACCUUUGAUUUUAUAACAAAUGAGGCUACUCCA